AAAACAAUUAUGAAUAGAAAAUAACAAGCUCCUGUUGCCUAAAAACCAGUUGGAAAAUAACAAUAAGUCAGUCGUAAAUAAUAGGACAGGUACGACAUUAGUGCACCUUAAAUUUUAGACCUGGUUUGACUGAAGAUGAAAUCGAAGAGAUUAAGGAAGCUUUCAAUUUAUUUGAUACUGAGGGAACAGGCAAAGUGGACCCUAGAGAAUUAAAGGCAGCUAUGUAAAGUUUGGGAUUUGAUUAAAAAAACCCAACCAUCUUUAAUAUGAUUGCAGAAUUAGAAAAUGAGGGAAAUGAAAUUGAUUUCGAUUAGUUCUUAGAUGCCAUCACUUCUAAGUUGGGGAACAGAGAAACCAGAGAUGGAAUCAAUAAAAUCUUUGACCUAUUUGAUGAUGAUGGCAGUAAUGCUAUCAACUUGAACAAUUUAAAACGAGUAUUGUUUUAUUACCAAUAUUUUAGGUGGCUAAAGAAUUAGGUGAAACUAUGACAGCGGAAGAACUUGCAGAAAUGUUAGAAAGAGCAGCUUCAAAUGGUCGAGAAAUUUCAAGAGAAGACUUUUAUAACAUUAUGGUCAAAAGAGCCUUCUGAUAUAUAUAU